AGCUCAGACAGCAUAUGGUGAACAUUAUGUCAGAGAAGGAAAUAUUAGCUCUUUACCAUCCAGUCCUCUCUUAGAUCUGAUAUUUAAUACAAAUAAAGAGUUGAAGCGAAUUAUGCCAGCUUUAACCAGAUUAAUAGCAGAGCCAGAGCCUCUGUUUUCUUUGGUGAAUGGGGGAAAAGAUAACGAAGGUCGACUGGAAGUUUACUAUCACGGCCAUUGGGCGACCAUGUGUGGAGCUAAUCUCAAUAACGAAGAAGCUUCGAUUAUUUGUAGAGGUUUAGCUUACUCUGGUGGAGUAGCUAGUCCACGAGGUAGCUACGGUCCGGGUACGGGUGCAUUUAGAUCUUUCAAUAAGACAUGUAUACGGUCUCAGAGGUGUCCUGUAAUAACCGAGAGUCGCGAUCUAGCCAGAUGUAAUCAUGCUGAAGAUCUAGGAAUAGUUUGUGAUCAUAUGGUACGAGUAGUAGAUAAUGAUGGUUAUAUAUCACGUAGUCGAGGUCGACUUCAACUCUACCAUCAGGGUAAAUGGAGACCAGUGUGUUCCCGAGGGUGGAAGGAAAGUGAAGUACGGACAGCGUGUCGUCAACUUGGAUAUAGUAAUGGACGAUUGUUUAAUGGUGGAGAAGUUAAGAGGGGUGCUGAGAAUCUCUUUGUUACCAAUAUUUUGUGUGAAAAGGAGAGUGACAUUCUUCAUACUUGUGACAAUAAAAACUGGAUGAUGUCAAAAUGUAGCGGCUAUCUUCCAGUCGCUCUUGUUUGUCAAUAAAUGUAAAUGUU